GAGCUGGGGACAAAUUCAUGCCCGCCUCAUCACAUCUCCUCUCCUCGCGCCUCACUCCUAUCACGAGCCAGCAUUUCUUUACACCAGAGCGGCUCCGGAUCAAACUAAGUUGGAUAUUUAGGAGCAGCUUCUAUUUUCUACCUGUUGAGGAGAACCGCACCGGGAGCCCCUUCUAAAGCAGAAUUACUCCUGAAAACGUCUUUGAACACCGAUUAUCAAGCUUCUGCAGGAAUUGGAAACAGUUUCUCGUUAAAGGAAAGAAGAAAAACUCCUGCCAUGACCAUUAAUUAUACCGAAUGCCACUCUAGGAAAUUCAUAAAGGGGGAUACAAGCCCGUUAAUUAGUGCCAUCAUGUUUGGCUUAGGAAUCUUUGGAAACGUGGCUGCCUUGGUAAUCCUGGAAAUCCGACGGCGCAGGAACAAGAGGGCCGACGACAGGAGAUACAAGGGCUUGUUCCACAUCCUCGUCAGCUCGCUGGUGUUCACGGACCUGGCCGGGACUUGCCUGAUCAGCCCCGUUGUGCAGCUUGCAUAUGCGUGGAACAUGACUUUGGUUGAAAUGACUUCUGGAAUUAAUUCUAACGACACCCUUGGCAGAACUAGCAGUAGCGUGUGCAAUUACUUUGGUGUUAGCAUGACCUUCUUUAGCCUGGCCACCAUGUCCCUCCUUUUCAUUACAGCUAUGGACAGAUGCUUUGCAAUAGGCCACCCCUACCUGUACAGCCGACUUGUCACUAAGAAAUGGGCUUAUAUUACAAUCCCUGUUAUGUUUCUGACAUGCAUCUUAUUUUGUAUGCUUCCUUUUGUGGAAUUCGGUAAUUAUGUACAAUACUGCCCCGGGACAUGGUGCUUCAUUGACAUGAAUCCCACAGAACCCAAGGAACAGGUUUAUGCUAAGCUAUAUGCCACAAUUAUGCUGGUGUUGGUGCUGUCCAUUGUAGCCUGCAACGUCUUUGUGAUGUACCAGCUCUUCCGGAUGUACCGGCGGCGAAACAGACAAGGCUCAGUGAUGAAGAGCAUGAGAUCCAGCAACGAGCACAGAAGAUUUGUGGCUCACGAGGUGGAGCACCUCAUCCCCCUGGUCUUCAUGACGAUCAUCUUCAUCGUCUGCACAAUUCCCCUGGUGGUCCGAGUCUACGUCAACAAUCCUGAAACUGAAUCUCACGAUAAAGACUUAGACGCCCUCCGUUUCAUCUCCACCAACUCCAUCGUCGAUCCUUGGGUCUUCAUCCUUCUCUCCCCCAGUGUGCUGUACUUCUUCUGCUUGCCUGUCUGCAAGAAGCCGCUGGGAAGACUCAGAGGCUCUGUGAGCGAAUCACUGGCCAAAAAGGACCACAUAGCACCGGUAGAACUGUGUCAGCCGACCUUAACAACAAACUGUCCUAACACUGAGGGAGAUGUAUGACCAUAGCUGUGUUAUUAGUUCCUUUGUAUUUAUAUUUAUUAGACAGUUCAAAAUGUGCAACUCUGCCUGUGAGAUUCUCACAAGCUGGAGAUGUUUGUUGGACUGCAACAAUUUUCCUGUGUUUAUUUUCAGGGCGUUUUCAUUUCAUUAAGGCUAUUUCCCUUCAACUGAUAAGCCAGAAUAGCUCCAUCAGCUAGUUGAAAGCCUACACAACUCACCUCAUGGUUUAUGCCUUCAUCAGAUUAUUACGAUAGGAUGAAAAAAGGACUCUUAUAAAUCUGUAAUGCAAAGGCAUUAGUUGUGCUUGUAAUUUACUACCAGUGAGAAGCCUGCUGAUAUAAGUAAAAGGGAUCUCAGCUGACAGGGAGAUGAUAAAGAUGGUCUUGGAAAGCUAUGCGUCUGCAGAGGCCAUAAGAAACACAGAUGUUGCUACUGAAACAAGUUGUAAAUCACAUCAAGUGAUAAGAAAUAUGAGGCCGUUUUUAUUUGUCACUUCGCAAAUAAAGAUUUCUGUCAAUGGGAUAGACUGACACAAAUAAUGCAUAAUUAAAAUGGGGGGGGGAAGCAUCCCCAUAGCAUGUGCUGCCAUUACCAUGCUUAUCUGAAGAGGGUUUUCAACCAAACAUCACACCCAGAACAUUAUUUGUUUUUUAGGAUAAAUCACUAAGAGGUAAUUCCAUCUAAAUCGGCUGUUAUAUAAAAAGAUUUAUUGCUCUGGAAAUGAUUAUUUGAAUGAGCUCUAAAUUUACUGUACUAUUACUUUGACGCAUACUGAUACCCUGGCACAUGUCAUCCAGAAAAAAUCUGGGGAUGUUUUGGUGUCCAAACCUUGCCUCAGGAAUUUAGUGAAACUUAAUACAGAAUCUCGGCGUUGCUUUUUUUUUUUAUUCUGUGGCAUUAAUCUAUUUAAUGAAACUUUUGAGUUCCAUUAUGGUUAGACUCGAAAGUUUUUAAAAAGUCGAGCAGUUGUGGUUCUCGCAGGGCGAGAUCACUUGUGUGGCACAUUACAGCAACAAAACAAUUCGUUGUGUUUCACAUGAUUAAAAAGUCAGAAAAGAAGUACACUGCUUACAGACUAAAUAUUUAAACAAGUCUAAAUAGAACAUUUUUACUUUGAUUUUAGGAACUCAGGGUUUUACAAUUUUUGCAGUAUUCGGCAGGUCUGGUUCAGAUUAGUGUAGCAUGAAAAUUAAAUGUUGCCGUGGUCUAGAAGGUCGAUAAGACAAAAAAUCUUUAAUACAUUUUGGUUUUGGGCCAUUCAGUGAUUUAUAAAACAGAAGUACCUUUAAAGCCCAAGAUGGCUGUGAAGGUUUUCUAGAACCACAGACUAUAAACAUUUAGUAGCAGUAGUUUGAUAUUGUCAAAUUUGUAAAGUAUGUUUGUGAUCAACUAGUUUAGUCCGAAAAACUUCAGCACUUAUUCUGCUUAAUAAAUGACUCCCUUUUGCUGGGGUUGUAUCAGUUAAGAGUAGACUGUCUUAGAGAUAGACUAAUAUGUCGGCCGGCCGAUUUUAGUUGUCUUUUUUUCUUGUACCUGCUGAUGCAUGUAUUUAUUGGUAUGUUUUCAUUAGCAGCCAAGGCUUAAGAUCGUGUGGAGUGCAAGCAUUGCUGCUCCCCUGCAUUCCUAUGGAGCUAAAUUAAGGCCAUCUUU